ACUUUGACACAUCCUCCUGUUGAUUCUCGCCAAAUACAACCACAUGUCAACACACGAAAACAAUCACUUUCCAAUUUUUCCUAUUUUGAUUCAAGAAGAACUAUAAUCUACAUAUUCAAUACUGGAAAUGGUUAACAAUUUAACACCCAUAAUCAGGACAAGGUGCUAAUUCUGUUUUGCAACAAUUGCAAGCCAAAAUCUCAAUAAUGGAAACCCGAUCAGUUAACGAUGGACUGGAUUAUUCCGGAGAUGCGGCUGCAGGAUCAUUUUUCAGCUCGGAUUACAAAAGACAUGACGACUUGAAACAAAUGCUUGACAGCAACAGAGACAAUUUGAAACUGGAGGCCAUGAAAAGAAUCAUAGGGAUGGUUGCAAAGGGUCGAGAUGCUUCCGAAUUAUUUCCAGCCGUUGUUAAAAAUGUCGUCUCAAAAAAUGCAGAAGUUAAAAAGCUUGUAUACGUGUAUUUAGUGAGAUAUGCAGAAGAGCAACAGGAUUGUGCACUUUUGUCAAUUUCAACUUUUCAACGAGCGUUAAAGGAUCCAAAUCAAUUAAUUAGAGCGAGUGCGUUGCGAGUGCUGUCUAGCAUUCGUGUUCCAAUGAUUGUUCCCAUUGUUAUGCUUGCAAUACGGGAUGCAUCGGCUGAUAUGAGUCCUUAUGUACGAAAAACUGCUGCUCAUGCAAUUCCCAAGCUAUACAGUUUGGACCCGGAUCAAAAAGAAGAGCUUGUUAUGGUGUUGGAUAAACUUUUGUCCGACCGAACAACACUUGUCGUUGGUUCUGCUGUGAUGGCGUUUGAUGAAGUUUGUCCAGAACGAAUUGAUCUGAUCCACAAAAAUUACAAAAAGUUGUGUGCUCUAUUAAUGGAUGUUGAUGAAUGGGGUCAAGUUAUGAUUCUGAACAUGCUUACACGAUAUGCUCGUACUCAAUUUGUUAACCCUGACCUUGGGGAUUUGACAAUUGAUGGCGAGGAGCGGCCUUUUUAUGAUGACGAGGAACACGAAAAUGGUGACGAUGGGGAGGAGAAGGACGAAAAAGGCAGUAGCGAGGACGAUAAUGAAGAUGGCCAAAAAAAGAAAAAGCUCGCUGGAAAGAAGAAGGGGAAAGAAGAAGAGCCAUCAAAACAUAAAGCUGAGAUGGAUCCCGAUCAUCGACUUUUGCUGAAGAAUGCACGACCAUUACUUCAGAGUAGAAAUUCUGCGGUGGUGAUGGCAGUUGUUCAACUUUAUUACCACGUAGCACCAAGGCCCGAAGUAAAUAUUGUGGUGAAAGCCCUCAUUCGACUCCUCCGUUCACACACAGAAGUCCAAGCUGUGGUAUUGUCUUCCAUUGCAGCAAUGUCCACAAGUCGCCAGUCCUUGUUCGAACCGUACAUGAAAAGCUUUUUCGUUCGAAGCAGCGACCCAACCCAGAUAAAGUUACUCAAACUAGAGAUCCUCACGAAUAUUGCCAACGAGACUAACAUUCCACUGCGUGAGUUCCAGACCUACAUUUCAAGUCAGGACAAAUUGUUUGUGGCUGCUACGAUCACCUCAAUUGGUCGAUGCGCCUCCAAUAUUAAGCAAGUCGCAGAGUCGUGUCUCAAUGGGCUUGUGUCCCUCCUCUCACAUCGCGACCCUGCGGUUGUGGGUGGAGCAGUGGUUGUAGCUAAAACCCUUUUGCAAACUCAACGGAGUGGAAGUAAGCCUGUAAUUGUACAACUAGCUAAAAUGGUGGACAGGGUGACUGUUCCUCCUGCCCGUGCAGCUAUUUUGUGGCUACUUGGUGAAUAUUGUGAGCGACUUCCUCAUCUGCCACCGGACGUACUUCGCAAAAUGGCAAAAACAUUUUCAGACGAGGAGGACAUUGUUAAAUUACAAAUAAUAAACCUUGCUGCCAAACUUCAAGUAACCAACCCUGGCCAGACAACUUUACUUUGCCAAUACAUAUUGAAUCUAGCCAAAUAUGACCAAAGCUACGACAUUAGAGAUCGGGCAAGAUUUAUUCGUCACUUGCUAUUCCCUGAAAACCCUGAAACUUCAAAACUCAGCAAAUAUGCUAGAAAAAUUCUUUUAUCCUCUAAGCCUGCUCCGAUUUUACAAUCGAAAUUCAAAGACCGAGACUUUCAAGUAGGCUCAUUGUCUCACUUCCUGAACACUCGAGCUACCGGCUACCAAGACUUACCCCCCUACCCUGAAGUAGCUCCAGAUCCAUCCGUUCGCUAUGUCGAACCGCCUCCUUCAACAGUGAAUGCACAUGAACCUAUAGAUUUUGGCUUCGAUUCCACACAUGGCAAAAAGAGCAAGAAAAAACAGAGUAAAAAGCUGUCUUUUUAUUCAGAAAGUGAAGAGUCACAAAAAUCUGAAGGAACCGGAUCUGAAUCUUCGAGCAGCAGCGGCGGCUCUACCAAUAAUAGCAGCGGCGAUUCAGAAAGUGGAACAGAAGAUUCUGAAUCAGACUCUGCUGAAUCCAACAAGACUGAUAAAUCUGAACAGACAGGAAAUUCGGAUGACGAAAAUACCAAUGAAGUGCUUCCUUCGGGAAAAUUAAAAAAGAAUGCUCCAACUGUUAGUAGUGGCAAGUCAAAGUCUCAACAAGCGACAGACAGGAAAGUAGUAAGGUAUAAGAAAAAGCCCAAUAAGUCAGAUACCGAGGAAGAGGAAACCAAUUCAAGUUCUUCGUCUUCAGAUGCAACCAAGGGCUCCAGUUCUUCUGACUCGGAACGUUCAUAUAAAAAGAAAUCGAAGAAUAAGAAUAAUAAAGCUACUAAACACAAAGAUGCAUCAAAUGUUGACUUGCUAUUAGACAUGAGUCGCGACUCAAAGGCAACAGUUGAUGAAUUAACACCUCCUGGUUUGAUGGGGUCUUUAUCUGGAGAAAUUAUGAACUUGACUCUUUCCCCAUCACCUCAAUUCGGUGGUAGUGGAACAAGUACAUUUGGUCAAAUUCAGACUGCUAGUGCCAUGUUUAUACCAACGAAAAAGACGGAAUUGAUAAACAAAAUAUCCUCGGGAGGGGUGCAAGUUUCAUAUCGAUAUACUCGAUCACCUCACUUAUUCUCGCCAUUGAUGACAUCUAUUGAAAUAAUUAUUGAAAAUACUGGAAAGGUGCCUCUUAAAAACGUUCGUAUUGGUCAAACGAUGUUGCCCAAUGGAAUGAGUAUUAACGAAUUCCAACCUUUGGACAUGCUUGAUGCAGAGAUGGGUGCAACUGCAAUUUUGGGAAUCAAUUUUAACGAUACUACGCAAGGAGCAAAAAUGGACAUGCACUGGGAGACUGAAACUGGGGCAAGAAAGCAAACUGUGACAUUCAAUCCUAAGAUAGGAGAAUUAAUUCGCCCCGUUACAAUGUCGGAAUCUCUGUUUAUGGCUGAACAAGCCAAAUUGCGUGGGAUGAAUGAGCACGAGGGAAAAGCAUUUGUCAACAAGACUUUGGUCUCGACAACGACGACAACUCCUCGUCAUUCACUACUGGUCCAUCGGGUAUACGAGACAGUCAACGUUCUCCAAGUACCAUCCGUCGAGGAUCAUCUUGUGAGGUUUGCGGGACAAUCGCUAAGCAGUCAAACUCUCGUUCUUGUCACAAUCCACUUGCCAGAGAAAGAUGGGACGGCUCUUGUAGAGGAUGAAGAUAUUCCGGUGGCUGCCCGUAUUGUCGUCAACUGUGACAAAAUUGUUAUUGGUUCGAUGCUCGCACAAGAGUUGAAAGAAGCUUUAAAAUGAAUCAGUUUAUUCCAUUUGUGCAAUUUUACUCAUAUAUCAGUAUACAUGAAUUUGUAAAUACUACUUAUAUACAAUAUAUUAGGCACUCAGAACAGAUGAACAGAUGCAAUGAAUAAUUAUGUAAUACACCCAGUACAUGAUAAUAUAAUAUUGUAGUAUAUAUAUAUAAUUUCUCUUGUUUAGAAUGUGUUUAAAAUGCCUUGUAAUAAAAAUUGUGCUUUGUAAUUUAUUCGAGUAAAAGGUAUAAAAAAUAUGUGUAAAAUAUGUGUGUAUAUAAAACGAAAGUAUGUAUGUAUGUAUGUAUGUAUGUAUGUAUCGUCAAUAAAGAUUCGUCUCACCUCGA